UCUGAUUAAAUUAAUUAACAGUGCAACCACUUUCUUGGCUUUGAAGAUGCCUUCGUUGAGUACUUAUCUCUUCCCCUUCCCUUCGCUUUCUCUGCAACAACCCAAAAUCUCAACUUUCAACACAAACACACCCAAAUGAGACUUGGAUUGGCUUGUUUGAGCUUCCUCCUCUGUGCUCUUCUCUUCUUCUUGAUCACAUAUGAUGGUGGGGCUAGAAAGAUUGCAAUAACAUUUGGGAGAGAUAUUGAACUGAAAGAAGUAUCAAUAGAUUUGCAAAAUCUUGCAAGAGAUGGCCAUGUUCAGGUGAGAAAAGAAGAUGCUAAGGUCAAUAACAAGCUUGCUAAAAAGAUAAAGGGAAAGGAUCACAAUCAUAUGGACCCAGAACUGAAUGUGUUCUUCACUCCAAAAGAUCUGAAAAUAGGCAAGAAAAUGCCAAUCUAUUUUGCCCAGAGAAACGCUUCAACUUCUCCAAAAAUUCUGCCCAGAGAAGAAUCUGACAAGAUCCCUUUUUCCUCCAAACACCUACCUUCCCUGCUCAAAUUUUUCUCUUUCCCCAAACACUCCCCUCAAGCCAAGGCCAUGGAAUACACACUUAAGCACUGUGAAUUCCAAGCCAUGGAAGGCGAAACCAAGUUCUGCGCCACUUCCUUAGAAUCCCUCCUUGAUUCUACACGACAAAUCUUCGGAAACAGCUGUCAAUUCUCAAUGUUAUCCACAACCCACCUCGUAAAUUCCUCUGUCCCCUUACAAAACUACACAAUUUCACAGGUGAAAAACAUGUCUGUCCCUAGGGUUAUAGGGUGCCACCCUCUGCCAUAUCCUUACGCAGUGUUCUACUGCCAUAGCCAACAGAGCGAUACUCGAUUGUUUGUGGUCAUGCUUGAAGGUGAGGAUGGAGCAAGAGUUAAAGCUCCUGCUAUAUGCCACAUGGACACGUCCAUGUGGAACAAAGAUCAUGUGGCUUUCAAUGUUCUCAAGGUCGAACCCGGAACAUCCCCUGUCUGCCAUUUCUUCCCUCCUGAUAACCUUGUGUGGGUACCUCUGCCUUCUGCUCUCUGAUACUUGUAAAUAACAUUCACACAUGACUGGGAUUCAGUUAUGAUCUGCAUGUUAAGUCGGUGAGGAGUCUCUCAUGUGACUUGUUAAUAUAGUUUAUGGUUCACAUGGUAGGUAAUGUUUCUCUAAAUGUGUGUUGAUGAGACUUUCGAGGCCUAGCUAUCGGUUGUACGAGCUAGUGUGGCGGGAAACUGCUUGUCUAUGAAAACCUUCGUGUCUAAUUAACAAUAUGUUAAAGAA